AUGAAAAAGUCUAAAGAAAUAGACCAAUACUUCCAAAUGGAUGAACAGCCGCCUGCAGAGAUGGAGGAGAGAAGGCCGUCUGUACGGAGGGUGAGCUUUGCGCUUGAACCUCAGAUUGUAUAUUCUCAGGUGAAAGAUGAAACCAGUAAAUCAGAAAGCAGCUCAAUGGGAAUGAGCAUGGAAGUUCCAAACAAAAUGUCGAUGGAGCUUUCGCUGGAUGACAAUUUGAUGGAAGAAGAGCUUUUACAAAAUGAAACCCUUCCUUUAUGCGAAGAGAAGGAGGAGAACUUUAUUAUGGAUGACUCAGAGGAGACUUUGGAAGAAAGGCGAAUGAGCAUGUGUCCUGUUGACAGGGAGAGGACUAUGGAGCAAACAAUUUGUAAUAUUCAUCUUGCAGAGAAGGAGUCUGCAGCAUGCACUGCAAGCCCAGAAAGGAAUGCGCAAUAUAGCACUGUGCAGAACAGGGCAUCGAAUGAACCUGUUAGUGGUUAUAAUAAUACUCAACAGAGCCAGGGGAGUGCACUCAGCCCAGUAAAUGAAAAAAGAGAUAAGUCUGUAUUAUCUUUAGCUAAUGCUGAAGAGGAGGGCGGUAUUAGGCUUGAGGAAAUAUUAGAGCCACUUUCACCAAGUAAAGAUGCAUAUGAGCACAUUCCAGUGAGUGAGUGUUACAACAAUGCAGAAUACUCUUUGGAUGGGGAUAGAGAUGACAUCUUAAGUGACAUGCUAUCAGAGAUUGUGUGUGCUGCGGAUAAUAAUACUUUGGUGUAUGAUACAGUGAAUGUUGAAGAGGUUCUUAGUAAAUAUGAGACUACGAAGAAAGAGGAGACUAAAAAAAUACGUGAAAUACUAGCAGAAACUGGGAUAAGAUUUUUAGACAACUUAUCUCUUGGCAACAGAAGGGAGACUUUGUCUAAAAUACGAAAUAAGGUAGAACCUGCUGAUGUAAUCUACUACAAAGAAUUCAUGCAAAGAAGAAUUGACACACAAAAUGCACUAUCUUCAAAGCUUUCUGCUGAAAUAGAAAAGGCCCGAGAGGAAACAGAAGUAAUUGAAAGAGAGGUAGAUUGUACAGGUCUCUCAUCAAUUGACAGGAACACUCUUCUCUCAAAGCUGCGCCAAAUGAAAUCAGAUGCAAGAAAGGAGGGAAAGUCUCACUGGCACAGGAAAAGACUUGGCGUGGAAAGAGAGUUCCUAGAAGAAACAGAAAGAAUUUAUGCGGGGUUUGAAAAGGAAAAGGCAGAGUUGGCAGAAAAGAUUGAAAAAAUGAAAGAGGAAAUCCAAAAAACAAAUCUAAUAGACCUAGAAAAGAAAGAAAGAUCGAUGAAAGAGAUUCUUCUAAAAAUAGGCACACUUACGCAGGAGGAAGUAAAUGAAUUUGUGGCAGAAGUGGAGCAGAAUAAAAAGGAUGAAGUCGCGCUAAAAGACUGCCUAGAAACAAAAUCAGCAGAACUGGCAUGUAUAAAGCAAAAAAACGAAGAAAUCUCACAGCUAAUAGAGAAUGAAAAGGCAGAAAUACAAAACCUGCAAGAAAGUCUUCUUGUGGAAGAGGUGCAGAAAGAUGACUUAGAGCAGAUUAAAGUGGCCGUGCAGAGGAUGGAAGUUAUACUGGGGGUGAAAAUACUUGAGAUCUCUCACAGCAGACUUCUAUUUUCUGUCUGUGAUAUUGUAAUUACAAUUAUAUAUGAUGGAGUGACCAUUGUAGACGUCUAUGCAGAAACAAAAGUGAAAAGCAUUUUUAAAGAGUUUAUUGCUUUGUCAAUCGGAAAGAGCCUAGUGGCAAUGGAUUUAAUCGUAGAAAGCAUUCCAAUGAUCAUUCGAUAUGUCCUUAAAAUGGCAUCGAUUGAGAAAGAGGUUAAGAAGCUUGGUGUGUCUGUUCCGUAUGAGAUAUACUACACGGAAAAAGAGCUCUCGAUUCAGUUUAUGAUACGAAAAGGAAAGACUGGCCAAAUGGGGAAUGUAUCUGCAAUAUUUAACUCUGGCGAGUCGACUCCCACAAUAACCAGUAAUAUAAAGGGCUUUAAAGCGCCAGACAGCGUAUAUGAAAGUAUUUCAGAGUCUGUAAAUCUGGCCAGAUCAAUUGCUCGCGUUAAAUAGUUGGUGUUCCUAAGUUAAUAUUCCUAAAAAUAAAGAUAUAUUUUGAUA